AUGGAGGUGAUCCCUCCUGUCGCCAAGCUCGCCCGUCUGUCCUGUGUCUUCCUUUGUUCCAGUGACCUGUUCCUGGAGAGACCUGUGCAGAAACUGACCUGGGGUCUGUUCAGGCUCCUGACCAGGCGAUCCAGGCUGGACUCUUUGGACCUGGACGUCCCUCCUCCGGGUCUCGCCUCCUUCCAGGACCUGUACACGGCUCUUCUGACCCAGUACGAGGCCGUGUCCUUUGGAGACCGGCUCUUUGGCAGCUGGUUGUUGUUACCCCUGCAGAGGAGGUACAGCGCCACCAUGAGGCUGGCUGUGUUCGGGGAACAUGUGGGAAUGCUGAGGUCACUUGGAGUCACUCUGGAACAGCUCUCCAUCCCUAUCGAGCGGUUCACCUCUCCCCCUGAAGACUCCCUCCCUCUCCUCAAUCUCUACUUCCGCUCUCUGGUCACGGGGACCCUGAAGCCCCGCUGGUGUCCACUCUUAUACGUGGUUACCUUGUCUCACGUCAACUCCUUCAUCUUCUCUCAGGACGCUGCAGCACAGGCGGUUGAAGCCGCACGACAAAGCAUGCUGAGGAAGAUCUACUACCUGACAGAUGAGGUGUUGAGGAACCAUUUGCUUCUCUUCCGUCUGCCGCAACUGAACUCAGAGUUUGGCUUCGAUAUGUUUGAGCAGUUGCCUCCCAUUAGAGCAAAACGUCUGGAGAGCAUCCUCAGACUGCAGAUCGGCAGCGAUGACAAAGGUGACAGAAGGCAGUAGGCAGUGAAAAAAUAAAAUGGUAGUGAGCCAAAAACAGAUCCAGAGAAGGGACAGUAUGGGACUGUCAGGAAACCAAAGGAGAGACUAAGAGAAACACGAGUAAGAGAAAGUGAGACAUUCAAGAGACAAAAUGUCGACCAUAACAUUUUCUGUGGCCUCUCUUCUCAGAGAAAACCUAAUCUGAGGUGGAUUUGGCCUGCUCGCAAUGUUUAGCACUUCUUUGAACCUGCUACACACAUAAAAAGGUUAGAUUUCACAAUCUAAGACUAUAUUUUUACAGACCAUCUGUUGACAUUGUCUGUUAAAGUGUGUCAUGUUAUCUGAGGUUACAUGAACCCAUCUGAGCUAAACAAGCCCAGUCAAACUAAAGGUUGAAUAUCAAUGUUAAAAAUGAAGUGCAGAUUCAGCGAGGCUCAGGUUGUCAUCUUUUCCUCUAAUACCUUUCCUCUUAGCAGACUGGAGGGAUUACAUGUUGAGAUAUUAGCACUUCCCAGUCAGCGUGUGUCUAAUGAUCUUAAAAACAGACCAGAGUAAUUAUUGGCACCUCAGAGUAAAGAUAAAUGUUCUUCUUUACAAGUGCCUGAAAUGCUCUAAUAAAACAUUAUUUCCAGUU